CACACCUCUAGUGAAAACGGUGGGGCAGAAGAGCUACCGGUGUGUGUGUGUGUGUGUGUGUGUGUUCGUUCGCGCGCGCGCGCGCUUUGCCCCGAGGUAAGAAGUGUCCGCAGCAGUGCGCGCGCGGAACAGGUAUUUCAAGGCUGGUCAGAGGAAGGACGCGGCGUUUCACUCAGAGGCACUCACCUGGCUCAGGUAGUCCGUUAGAGCUCGAGCGAAGGCAUGGCAGCGGCGACGGCGCAGGCGAUGGCCAACCUGCCGAGCGGCGUCGGGAUUUGCACCACCGCACCCGAGAUCUUCUACCUUCCCGAACUGAUAUUUGGAGGGUUGGUGUGGAUCCUGGUGGCUUCCACUCAUGUACAGCCGGAGAACCCUCAGGGCUGGGUGAUGUUCGUCUCCGUCUUCUGUUUUGUCAUGACCUUUUUGUGGCUCAUCAUUUUUGCCUGUGGAGCUCACAAGAACAAAGGAGGCUGGGCUACUGCUGACUUUGUGUAUCACUUCCUGGCAGCUCUGUUCUAUUUGAGUGCCUCGGUUCCUCUCGCCACCGUCACACUCAACAUGAGGAACAGCACCAUGGUGUCUCCAGGGGACAGAUUCAGAUUUUACCAAAUCGACAUUGCAGCUGUGGUGUUCUCCUACACCACCACGCUGUUGUACUUCAUCCACUGCAUUCUGUCUGCCAUCAGAUGGAAGUCCUUCUGACCGGAUGAUGGACCCUGAGCUCCAGUCCAUGCUCCAUCACUGCCCAGAGCUGACCGUUUAAUGAAGAUGAUUUGAGAUGGUUCUAAUUACAGAUGAUCCUUUACCCUGAUAAGUUUUUUUUUCAUAUGAAUUGAUUCUGUAUCAUCUAACAAAUAAAACCUAGAAGAUUUUAUAACAGUAGAUAAAGGUAAAAAAGAUUCUUUGUACCUGAAUUUUUGUACAUUUUUUGAAACACUGGAAUAAUAACAUUUUAAUAAAAGUUGUGUAAAGGA